AUCUCUACUCCUUGGUGUAGAACGACUUUUCUUUAUGCGAGUUUCUAUAUUGGAUCCAUCUCACCUGUUAUUCUUUUUUCAAAUUCAAAGAUCUUUAUUAAUUUUAGUUCUCUCAUUACUUUUGAGCAAUUCGAAUGAUUAAAUGUUUUGUAUUUCCAUUUUUGUGAUAUUUCCCUGAAUCUCUGUUUACCCAAUUGAGUUGUUGCGCCUUACAAUUCAAGAAAAAUGAGUAGAUUAUGAGCUAGCCACGUUGUCUCACUCUAAUUUCCAAUUUCACCGUUUGAGAUCAGAAAAAGGAAGUCCCUUGUCCCGUUGCUGUUGCUUUUACUGCCUCUUCUCUCUCUUUCUUUAUAUUUGUGGCGCCAAUUGGGUAGUUAUGGUGAGAGAGCAAAGGUUAGGGUCUUUUUAUGCUCACCUCCGUGAAUCAGUCUCGUCUUCAUCUAUUUCUCCUCUGCUUAUAUUCCCCUCAACUUCUGAUGUUGAUUCACUAUGUGCUCUUAAAAUCAUUUUUCAUAUUCUUGAAUCUGAUUCUGUCCGCUAUUCUUGCUAUCCCGUCUCCUCUUUCGAAGAAAUUCACAAAUAUGCUGGCGCUGAAAUGAGUUCACCAUCAAGUGAACCCACUUCAAUCCUCUUAAUUAAUUGGGGUUGCCAGCGUGAUUUGCGGAGGUUACUCAAUUUAGGCCGAGGGGUGCGUGUUUUUGUCAUUGACAGUCACCGUCCCAUCCAUUUGCAUAACCUAAGCGAGAAAAAUGACGGUGUGAUUGUGCUUUACACGCAUGAUGAUGAGCAACAAGCUGACUUAGCUUAUGAUUUUGAUGUUUCGGCUUUGGCUAAUGCGAGCGAGUUGAAUAGUGAUGAUGAGAGUGACAGUUCAGAUAGUGAAGAGGAGGAAGAUAGUGAAAGUGAGGACGAAGAGGAUGGAAGUGGUGGGUCGAGAAAGCGAAGGAGGGUUUCAAAAGAGAAUGAAGAUGACCCACUUCAGCUUUUCAGGAAAUUGAAGAGGGAAUAUUAUCACAUGGGUACUUUCCAUGGAAAGCCCUCAGGGUGGUUGAUGUUUGACUUAUCACAUUCUUUGAGGAAGAACACAAAUGAAUUGCUUUGGUUGGCUUGUGUUUCGCUAACUGAUCAGUUUGUUCACGAGAGAUUAACAGAUGAGAGGUACCAAGCCGGGGUUAUGGAGCUUGAGCAACAUAUAAACAGUUCGGGUAAUUUAGAGGCUGUUUCUAUGGUGACUCUCAAAGAUGGAACAAAGAUUCGAGCACCUGAGUCAUCAAGGAUUGCAUAUGAAGAUGAGCCACGACUUAUGUUAUUAAGGGAGUGGAGUUUGUUUGAUUCGAUGCUGUGUUCUUCAUAUAUUGCCACAAAAUUGAAGACGUGGAGCGACAAUGGAAUGAAAAAGCUAAAACUUCUCCUUGCAAGAAUGGGAUUUGCGCUUGUGGAUUGCCAACAGAAGUUUCAAUACAUGAACCUUGAAGUGAAGCGAAAGAUGAAAGAUGAAUUUGAACGGUUUUUACCUGAAUAUGGUCUUACUGAAUUUUACUAUAGGAGUUUCUUGAGGCUUCAUGGCUAUAGCUCCAGGGUGUCUGCAGCAGAUGUGGUCUAUGGGGUUACUGCAUUGCUUGAGUCAUUCGUUGUAUCUGAUGGCUCUUGUGCUUCCAAGCAGUUUGGGGAGGCAUAUGAUGCACUGUCUUUGAACAACCUUGAUAAGUUGAAAGUUGGAAUGCAACAAGCAAUCAAGGUACAACGAGCAAUUCUUAGACAAGGAAGUACAGCAAUAACAAAAAGUGGCUCUAUCAGAAGUGGAGGAAAGUUCAGAUGGGUAAAGCUUGAGGAUUCAGUGGACACAAAGUUGUUGGGUUGCCCACAAGCUUUGACUAAAUUCUGCUACUUUUUGAUGGAUGCCUUGAGAGAGAAAGGAGCUAAGGCAAAGCCCUUGCUUUGCGCAUGCUUAUCACAAGAACCAGACAAGAUGUUGAUUGUUGGGGUUUGUGGAAAGCCUCGACUUGGGGCAGUUCAAGGUAACGCCUUUGGAGUUGCAUUCAGAAAUGCAGUUGAGGAGAGUGGAGCCGAGUUCUUUCAUGAGUUGUUUGAAUCUUCAUGGAUUGUUUUAGAUAAAGGUGCAGUUAAUAAUUUUAUGAUUAGAUUAACUGAGAAGCUAUGAUGGAGAACUCUGUCUACUGUCCAGUUACAUCUCUCUCUCUCUCUCUCUCUCUUUUUUCCUUCUUUAUGAAUUUAUCUGAUUCUGAUCUUUCUCCCUACAAUCUAGUGGGGUUGCUCUCGGGAAAGGGCACAUGUUCGUUUCUCUAAUUUUCUUUUUUCCUGCAACGUUUGAAAUGAUUCAUAAAUGCAAAGUCAAAUUUGAUUCAAGUCCAUCUAGAAUUCUUUCCUCCUUAUCUUUUAACUACUUUCUCCACAACUCGCUUCUUGUCAUCUCGGAUUGACAAUAGUAAUUGUAUUUUGUUUUAGUUUUGUUUACAUUCUUCCAUUGUCUUGUGUGGUGAAAGCAGAGGAAAGAUCCCAAAUUUUGCUGUGUAAAGACAGAAUACAACCGAGUAAUUGCUUGUUUAUAUCAUAUGUUGUAGUUAUUCUUUAGCUGUAAA